GUGAUCGUGUGUUUGCCAACAUGGCCCCCAAAAAGAAGACUGUCAGAAAGAACAAAGGAGAAAUCAAUGAGAUGACCAUAAUUGUGGAAGACAGCCCCCUAAGCAAACUAAAUGCUUUGAAUGGGAUCCUAGAGGGAGGCAAUGGCCUUAGCUGCAUUUCUUCUGAAUUAACAGAUGCUUCUUAUGGCCCCAACCUCCUGGAAGGUUUAAGCAAAAUGCGCCAAGAGAGCUUCCUUUGCGACUUAGUCAUUGGCACCAAAACCAAAUCCUUUGAUGUUCACAAGUCAGUGAUGGCUUCAUGCAGUGAGUACUUUUACAACAUCCUAAAAAAAGACCCAUCUACUCAAAGGGUGGAUCUCAACGAUAUCUCACCGCUGGGCCUGGCCACUGUCAUUGCAUAUGCCUACACCGGAAAGCUGACUCUCUCCUUGUACACAAUAGGAAGCAUUAUUUCUGCUGCUGUUUAUCUUCAGAUCCACACCCUUGUAAAGAUGUGCAGUGAUUUUCUGAUACGAGAGAUGAAUGUUGAGAAUUGUAUGUACAUUGCUAACAUUGCUGAGACGUACUCUCUGAAAACUGCAAAAGCAGCAGCCCAAAAAUUUAUCCGGGAUAACUUCCUUGAAUUUGCAGAGUCAGAGCAGUUUAUGAAACUUACAUUUGAGCAAAUUAACGAACUUCUUAUAGAUGACGACCUACAGUUGCCUUCUGAAAUAGUAGCAUUCCAGACUGCUAUCAAAUGGUUAGAAUUUGACCAAAAGAGAAUGAAAUAUGCUGCAGAUCUUUUGAGCAAUAUUCGCUUUGGUACCAUCUCUGCACAAGACCUGGUCAAUUAUGUUCAGUCUGUACCAAGAAUGAUGCAAGAUGCUGAUUGUCACAAACUUCUUGUGGAUGCUAUGAAUUACCACUUACUUCCAUAUCAUCAAAACACAUUGCAGUCGAGGCGCACGAGGAUCCGCGGGGGCUGUCGCGUCCUCAUCACUGUUGGGGGACGCCCAAGCCUUACUGAGAAGUCCCUUAGUAGAGACGUCUUGUAUAGAGACCCUGAAAAUGGAUGGAGCAAGCUCACAGAGAUGCCCGCCAAGAGUUUUAAUCAGUGUGUGGCUGUGAUGGAUGGAUUUCUCUAUGUGGCUGGUGGUGAAGACCAGAAUGAUGCACGAAAUCAAGCCAAACAUGCAGUCAGCAAUUUCUGCAGAUACGAUCCCCGCUUCAACUCCUGGAUCCACCUGGCCAGCAUGACCCAGAAGCGCACGCACUUCAGCCUGAGCGUGUUCAACGGGCUCCUUUACGCCGUGGGCGGCCGCAACAUAGAGGGCAGCCUGGCCUCCGUGGAGUGCUACGUGCCCUCCACCAACCAGUGGCAGCCGAAGGCGCCCCUGGAGGUGGCGCGCUGCUGCCACGCCAGCGCGGUGGCCGACGGCCGGGUGCUGGUGACCGGCGGCUACAUCGGCAACGCGUACUCGCGCUCCGCGUGCGCCUACGACCCGGCCGGCGACUCGUGGCAGGAGCUGCCGAGCAUGAGCACGCCCCGCGGCUGGCACUGCGCGGUCACGCUGGGCGACAGGGUGUAUGUGAUGGGCGGCAGCCAAGUCGAUGCGCGCGGGGAGCGCGUGGACGUGCUGGCCGUGGAGUGCUACAGCCCCGCCACCCGCCAGUGGAGCCACGCGGCGCCGCUGCCGGUGGGAGUGAGCACCGCGGGCGCCUCCGCGCUGCUCGGCCGCGCCUACCUGGUGGGCGGCUGGAACGAGGGCCAGAAGAAGUACAAGAAGUGCAUCCAGUGCUUCCACCCCGAGCUCAACGAGUGGACGGAGGACGACGAGCUGCCCGAGGCCACCGUGGGCGUGUCCUGCUGCACCCUCUCGAUGCCCAACCACGUGACCCGGGAAUCCCGAGCCAGCUCGGUGUCCUCCGUGCCAGUCAGUAUCUGACGCCGGGUAGAUGCGGAGGCGCGGCAAGAACAACUCUUUAUUCGUGGUUAACCUUUGAGUUAGCGCAAAGGAAAAUAUGUAACAUUUACUG